CAGUGGGGGACACGGAUGCAAGUGUGUUUGCAAAUGAUGAGGAGCCCACGAGGGGCCGAGGAUGGGACUCGGUCGGCAGCUCCCAGCACCGCAUCCAACCAAGCUGCUGCCCGCCUGUAAUCCCAACUUCCAGAGGUGGAGGCGAGAGCAUCAGGCUGGUUUUAAGGCUCCGUAUCACGUUUGAAGCCAGCCUGGGCUACGUGUGGCUUCAUCUCAAAAAUAAAUAAAUCAAAGAAAUACAUGCUCAGAGACCAUGGGGACCUGUUAUCCUUGAAGAAUGGCAGAGGCAGUCUUCCGUGCUCCUAAGAGGAAAAGAAGGGUGUAUGAGAGUUACGAGUCACCACUGCCCAUCCCCUUUGGUCAGGACCAAGGUCCCAGGAAGGAAUUCCGAAUAUUCCAGGCUGAAAUGAUUAGCAACAAUGUGGUGGUGAGGGGCACAGAGGACAUGGAGCAGCUGUAUGGGAAGGGUUACUUUGGAAAGGGGAUUCUUUCCAGAAGUCGUCCAAACUUCACAAUCUCCAGUCCCAAGCUGGCUGCCAGAUGGAAAGGUGUGCAGACAGACAUGCCUAUAAUCACCUCAGAAAAGUAUCAGCAUCGCGUGGAAUGGGCUAGGGAUUUCCUGCGUAGGCAGGGCCACGAUGAGAGCACUGUGCAGAAGAUCCUUUCGGACUACACAGAACCACUUGAGCUUCCUUGCAGAAAGGAGAAAGAAGAGACCCCACAGCACAAACCACUGAGCUCCAAGGCCAACUCCUCCCUGGAAGGCAGAGUGGAAAAGGAUGAACUGUCCGUGACCACUGGGGGUGCUGGACAGUCAGAUGACCUCCCGGGUCUCAGCACACACUCAGACUGCCUGCAGGAGGGGCCUGGCCACGCCACACUCGCUGUGGCUAGUCCGUCUAGCCAUAAUGGGCGUGUGGCAAAGGACCCCGAGGUUCUGCCCCAGGAAGCCCUCGUUCCACAGGAUGGCCUUUGGCCUGAAGCCAGCAGCCAGGUAGCAGGAGAGAAAAGGGCUGCUCACGAGUAUGUGCUCAUAGAGGAAGAGCUGUGUGGUGUCCAGGAGGAGGAGGAGGUGGCGGCAUCAGAAGAGAAGUUGCUUAAAAGGAAGAAACUUGUGUGCAGAAGAAAUCCAUACAGGAUCUUUGAGUAUCUGCAGCUCAGCCUAGAAGAGGCUUUCUUCCUGGCAUACGCCCUGGGAUGCUUAAGUAUUUACUAUGAGAAGGAGCCUCUGACAAUAAUGAAACUCUGGCGAGCCUUCACUGCAGUCCAGCCCACCUUCAGGACAACCUACAUGGCCUACCACUACUUCCGAAGCAAAGGCUGGGUGCCGAAAGUGGGGCUCAAGUACGGGACAGAUCUGUUGCUGUAUCGGAAAGGCCCUCCAUUUUACCAUGCAAGCUACUCGGUCAUCAUUGAGCUCCUGGACGACAACUUUGAGGGCUCCCUCCGCAGGCCUUUCAGCUGGAAGUCGCUGGCCGCCCUGAGCAGAGUCUCGGGGAACGUCUCCAAGGAACUGAUGUUGUGUUACUUGAUUAAGCCCUCCACCAUGACUGCCGAAGACAUGGAGACCCCAGAAUGCAUGAAGAGGAUUCAAGUUCAGGAGGUGAUCCUCAGCCGGUGGGUUUCUUCCCGAGAGAGAAGUGACCAAGAAGAACUUUGACCUUCCAAUCCCAGAGUCCACAGUUCACCAACAGCUCUGACUGUGUGCCAUCGGCCUGCCCCCAAAGGAGCAUCGGCACAUUUGGGAAUCACAGGACCCCGUGGUCUGUUGAUGUAAUAGAAAAAUCUACUCUGUAGCUCAGCUCACCCAAGGAGUUGAACCAGUUACCCACAUGACUGGAAACCUUGAAAUACUGAGUGACCGGUGAAUUCUCAGUGAACUCACUCAUUAUUUGACAGGUUGGUUCAUUGAACACAAAACUAUGUAGUGCUGGCUAUGAGAGAUGCAUCUUGCUUAGAGAACUUCUUAUAAAAUAAAAGUAAGAAGUGAAGAUUUUGAGAGAACUAAUGCAGUUAACAUUUAGCAGAACAUGACGUCAUUACCCUUUCCCACAGAACAUGAUGUCAUUACCCUCCCCCCACAGGUUAGAGAGCAGAGAAGAUGUUGCCUGAGGGGCAUUUAGGCAUCUUAGUCAAUUUUUUGUGUUGCUAUGGUGGAAUGGCUGGUGCUAGCUAGCACAUAAAAGAAGAAAAAGAGCUUAUGUGGUUCAUGAUUUUCAUGGCUGGAAAGUCCAAACAGCAUGGCAUGGGUCUUGGCAACAUCAUAAUAUGCCAGAGGAAUGAAAAGGGAUGUUGGCCAAAACAGGGAUGAGGACGGGCCUAUGGCUCUCUGACCGGCCUCCAGGGAACCAACCCAUCCUGAAGAAUUGUAACCCCUUACAGGGGGAAGGUAGUGAUUUGAUCUUCUCCCUUGAAGAACUUGCCCCCCAGCGCUGAUAAUGGGUAAGUUAAGCUUCACCGUGUUUUGGUGGGGACGGCACACAUUCACAAGAUAGCCAGCCGGGAUGUGAACUUCGGUGGUGGUUCUGUGAGGGGGGAUUGAGAGCCACAGCAUGAGUUAAAGUGUAAGAAAAGUGUCUGAGGUUCACCCAGGUCCAGGAUCAAGAAACUGGCCAAUGGUGUAGGCACUUGGUCUCCAAGUUCUGCUGAAA